AUGUUUCGAGGAUUCGAUGCAUUGAAUUUAUACUGUAUUGUGGUAAUAUUAUUUUUUUAUUGUAAUCAUUCGAUUUCAGCUAUUUAUUGUUACGAAUGUUCAUCGACAUUUCCAGCAAGUAGUAUUUGUUUACCAACAUGCUCUCAAUCAUUUAAAUUGGGUAGCACAUGUCUACUUACACGCAAUAUUUCAUUAGAACCUAACGAUUUUGGAUCACUUCAUGCUGAACACAUCAGUAAUGCAUCUGUUAUUUCAACUCCAGCAGAAAAAUAUUUUGUUUUUGGAGAAGAAGCUGUAUAUCGAAAUCCAUCUGAAGCUGUUGGUUGGUAUUGGGAAUAUGGAUCAAUAACAUAUGGAUGUGAUACUUCUCGUUGUAAUAAUCCAGAACAUGUUAAUGGCUUACCUAAUGCAUUAAAUAUACGUAUACCAAAUGAAACACUUGAUCAUUUACUUACUGGUGAACUUGAUAAUAACUGUUAUCAAUGCGAUACAUGUCUUGAUAGUGAUGUUACUAAUACAAACAUGUCUACCUGUUCAAUGGUAGCUUGUCCUAAUCAUGCAUGUAAUUUUGUUGCCACACGAAAUUCUUCAACUAGUGUAGCAAAAUGUGGUGGUGGAUGGCAUUUUACUAGUGGCUGUAUUCUUUCAAGAGAAUACGCUUCAGUUGACAUGACUCUUAUCUAUUAUAUUCAUUCAAAUACUUCUUUUCUCUAUCAAAUGAAAGCUGUUUGUUUGAAUGAUAAUUGUAAUAAUUUUACGACAUUCAGACAAUUGAAAGAUGCUGUUACUGUUGAUCCUGAUCUUACUUGUUUACUUAAUAAUUUUACCAGUAUUAGUACAACAUCUAGACCAACUUCAUCGACAGCAAGUGGAACAUAUUCUACUACUUCAAGUAGAAGUUCAACAACACCAAGAACAAGUACUACUUUAAGAACAACACCAAGAACAAGCACUACUGCAAGAACAACACCAAGAACAGGUACUACUUUAAGAACAACACCAAGAACAGGUACUACUUUAAGAACAACAUCAGAACCAAGUACUACUGUAAGAACAACACCAAGAACAAGUGGUGGUGUAACAACAGUAUCAACUAAACCGCCAUUAUCUACAACAACAACAGCGUCUGGUAGUUCAGCUAAACAAAGUUUUAUGAAUACAAAACUUUUUAUUUUCAUAAUUUUUUUCUUUUUAUAUCAUUAA